GAAAUUGCUUUCCUCGCUUUCAAUUAUUAAGCUGAAUCUAAUUUUUAUAUUUACAAAGAACAUAGAUAAAACUAUGUUAAAUUUUUGAAAAUAGAAAUUUUAGAAUGUUACGUAAAAUUCCACAGGAUUUAAAUCUAUCCUGUAUCUCAUCUAUGGUAUCGUUACUAAAUCUAUAGUUAGUGCCAGUAGUCAACUAUGGUGUGGUUAUGUAUGUUGCUGUCUUUCGAUGACAGUUGUGUGACAUCUAUUAAAACUGAUGUGCUGAUAAACAUAAAACCAUGAAUGACACAACAAAAAUUGAAUGUAAUCCUUAUAUAAGUAUCGAAUAAAGUGAUUAAUUACAAAAUGACUAAUAUUUCUUGAUUCUGCAAUAAAGAAACAACAUCAUCAUGGAGGAGAACGAACUGUACAAUGUUACAGUUCCAUCUUUCUCUGGAAUUGAACCAGCCUUUUGGAACUAUUCCGAUCAUGUCAUCCUUGAAGACCUUAAAAUGGAUAGUAGUUUUAUAUAUUUACUUUGCUCAUUAGUGUCUGCUAUUUCAUGGAUUAUUUAUAUAGCUUAUUACAAUAGCAGAGUCAUCGGUUAUAUAGUAACAAAAUUAUUAAAUCGAUUUUUUUUUAGAGAUGGAUAUGUUAAAGUAGGUUCUUUUACUUUAAGUGUAUUAAGUGGAAAAAUAAUGUUUAGGGAUAUAGUUUAUAUCACAACAGAUUAUAGCAUUAGAGUACAGGAUGGAUGGCUUAUAUUUAGAUGGUGGAGAAGUUAUGUUCCCAAAGAUGUAUCUGAAGAUCUUUCACAUUCUGAUACACGACUUUCUGUUAUGUUAAAUGGCUUUGAAUUGCAUGUUUAUAAUCGCUGUCAACUAUAUGCACAAUUAGAAAAAAUAUUUGGUCUUACACCACAAAUGUUUCCUGACGAGGAAAAUCAUAAUGUUAAUAGUGAUGAUCAUGAUGGAGAAUCAUUUAGUAAUACUAUUCAUGAAACACGUCAACAAAUAAACACAAUAGAUGUUUCACGUCAUGUUGAUAAUAUUAGGAAAAAAGAAGCUCAUGUUUUAGCUCGAACAUGGAGAGAUUUAAUACCUGUUAUUAAAUUGGAUGUUUGCACAGGGAGAUUGGUAUUUGGUAAUCGGUUAAUACCAACGACCUUAUCAAUAACCGUGGAAGAAGCGCAUUUUGUAUAUUCUACAAAACCGGCAGCAUCUCGAUAUGAUCAUUUCAUGCAUUUCACAAAAUGUAAAGCAGAGAAUUUCAAAGUUAUUUUAGCACCUAGUCCAAAGUAUACUGGAAUGGUAGAUGAUCCACCUAGGUAUAUGGGCGAAGGAUUUGUUAUAUUGAGCUCGAACAACAUAGAAGUAUAUUAUUACAUGGAUGAACCUGGAUUUGUUCCUGAACAUCCACAAAUGAUUCAAUUAGUAAAUGGGGAUAUGGUUGAAGCUAUGCCGCCGAUCUGGGGCAUUGAUAUUAAAUGUGGAAAAGGCACUGAUUUCAGUUAUGGACCAUGGGCUGAUCGACAAAGAGAACAUUUAUUUAAAUUCUUUUUCCCUAAUGAUUAUCAACCACUAAAAGUUACAAAAACUCCUGUUACUGGAGAGAAAAGACAAGUUCAAUCGUUUGAUAUAAGAUUAUCGACAUUGAAUGAAGCUACAAUUGAUAUACUCUUUAGCAAAAACAGGGAAACAAAUGCAGUUCAUAUUAAUGUAGGGCCUGGAUCAUAUCUGGAAAUUACUAUGCCAUGGAUAGUUUUGCAAGAUGGAUAUACUACAAAAAUAACAGGUCAAUUGUUACAUCUAGAAGCCACUACAAGUUUGCAAUAUCGAAGUUUAGUUGAAAGCGAAACGUUGGAAUUUGGUGUUAAAUGUCAUUAUCCAAUAAAGUGGAAUGAUCAUCAAGAAUGGAUGUUGAAUUUAACUGGGUGCAAAGCCACAGCUAACUUAGUUUAUUCGCACAAAGAAUUCUUUCAAGAUAUGAUUAAUGAUUGGGCCAGUAAAGCCAGACCUGAUAUUUUACAUUUUGUACCUUAUACGUGGAAGUUCAAUUUAUUGUUAAAAGAAUUUGAGUUAAUUACAUUAUGUAACGAAUAUAAUUGGAUUGAUUGUUCAUCACAGAAUCAAGAGAAUACGCACAUUGCUUUUUGCGGGGAAUUUUUUGAACUAUCAUUUGAUCUUCCAUUUGUGGAUUAUUUGCCCAUUACAAUACCUUUGCGUUUCUGGAUUCAAGGUGAAAGUGUUGAUCUUUCUUUUUAUCUACCUGAAGUCAAUACAAAUCGUACAAUUCUGUUAGCUUUGAAUAAAAAUGCAAAGAUUAUGACACGUGAUGGAUCACAUAUAUAUUUGUCAGAGUUGAACAAAAAUAAAAAGUGGAGAAAUGUUUGUCAGAAAGGAGCAGGUUGGGUUGAUUGUUGGUCUGUACCAAUUGUGGCAUUAAGCAUCAAUUAUACAUAUCAUCCAUGUCCACCAUUGGGACCUACACCACAAGCAAAUAUAACAACACCAGAAAAAGAAGAAAUUCUUCUAUCUCCAAUGAGAAUCCCUCGAUGUAGAAAAUCACCAGGUCUUCAGUGGACAAGAAACGGUAGUCAAAAGUUUGAUCCACAAUCCAUAGCUCCUGACAAAGUUAGUUUAGAUCUUGAAAUAGGUCCAUCUAUAUUAAUUUUAUACGGAUCACUUUUAAAAAAUUUUAUACACUUGAAAGAAAAUUUGUUCGGAGAUUAUCAAACAUUUACUGAUAUGCAGCAGAGUCGUACAAAUCCUACAUCGAUAAGUACAGAGAGAAGCAAAGACAGAGAUGUGCAAAAUAGCAGUGUUGAAUCUGUAGAAGAUGAGGAUGCAAAAUCAAAACCAUUUGAUCCAAGAGAUUAUCGACCAUUAGAAGUAACUGUUGGAAUUACUAUGCAUGAUAUUCAAGCUCAUUUGGUAAAAAAUUGUGGAGAAAAUGACCCCCCUUGUCCAGUUAUACUUUUGGAACGAUUUGGAUUUGAAAUGAAAAAGAAAUAUAAGGAAACAGAACUUCAGCUGCUCCUAUCACCAGCGAUCGCAUUAAUUACUGAUAAUGUCGUUCGCUCGAAUAAAGAACGUCAUUUAAAUCAAGGACAUUUAAUGUUAAGUGCAUUGCAAGUUAGGGGACAUGCAAUGUUCAGUAAUGAAGGUAGAAGUUUAGAUCAAGAAACUUUAGAGUAUGCAUGGUUGAUUGAAGUACAAUUAGGAAAAUUGACUGGAAAAAUGAGUUCUCCUCAAUUGCAUCACCUCAUUAUAUCUUUAGAAACAUUUCUAUUAAUGGUAAAGAAUAAUGAAAACAGCUUACGUCCUCCAGAUUUACCACAUCAUUGUCAUCAUGGUAUUCCACCUUUACAAUGUCCUGAUAGUGAUAUUGAGAAACAUUAUAGGUGUCCUAGUUCUGAAGAUAUAAAAUAUAGAAUGACUAGAAUAGCCAUAGAUGCAAUUGAUUUAUAUUUUCAAGAAGUAGGAACUACUAUUCACACUUGGAUAUCUCCAAUUCGCGUAUCAACUUGCAAUCUUCAUGGUCAACAAGUAAAAUCUGGAGUAACUGGUGUAUUACCAAGAAUAUUAAUAAGACAAUUUGUAUCAGCAGCUGAUCAUUUUGCCAAUACAAGUAACACCAAUACAGCUGGUAGUGGAAGGUCACACAAUAAUGCAAGCAGUCGUAUGUCAGGUGAUGGAUCUGAUAUUUGGUUAGAAGUAGGAUCUGUAGCUUUAGGGCCAGUAAUCUUAGAAGCUGCUAUUUCUCUUCCAACUCCUGAACAUAAUUUACAUUUAAUACAAAAUAAAUAUUUAAAACUACAUGAUGAAGCUACCAAACGUUUAUGGUUCUUAUGGCCUCGGGAAAGUGGAAUAAAAGCAACAAGAUGCGGUUGUAUAGGUGGCUGUGCAUUUUUUGGAAAUAACCGAAAUGGUCCAAGAUUUUUUAAACCAAGCUAUCAUGAUUUUCAAGAUGGUAUAAAUGUUGCUGCAUACAGAAUUAACGAAUCCGGAAAAGAAAAAGGAUUUGGACAGUCUAUAUUGCAUAACGGUCAACUUGUAUUUCAUACAUCACCUUAUAAUUUACAAGAUGUGUCUUUACAAGAUUAUCCUAUUACUGGAGUAAAAAUGACUGCCACGCAGGAUGGAUUGCAAACUUCGAAAAAGGGUGUCGAACGACCAAGGUCUGUGACAGAUCAUAAUAAAGAUUCCGGUAUCGAAGAAACUAGUAGUACAAAAUUAAUUACUGCAUCAGCAAGUCCAUUCGCAUGCAGUGGGGAACGGAAACUGCUGGGCAGAAGAUUUUCUUAUACAUCGAUGCGCGGAAGCAAUGUAAAAGACGUUCCAUAUUCACGAUUAGUAGAUGCGAGUCCUGUUGUACAGUUACCACAAAAAUUAGAUUCAGAUUCGAAAUUGCAUACAGAACGCAGCAAAUCGAUCUUAAGUGUCCCUGAAAUCGAAACUGCUCCAAAAAGUAGUGUUUCUGAUUCUAAAUUAGCGGUUGACUAUUUCAACGCUUCAGAUGUAGAACCAUUUGAAUCAAAUAGCCCACAAUCACUACCGGUAGUAUCUACUGAAAUCAAUUUUUCUGAAUCAAUGCAAACAAGCGUAAAAACUGUUGAUAGUAUCAACAUUUCUGACUCUCACCACUCGUUAUACGUAAAAUCAGAAUCUGAAGAAAAAUUAAAGCAAGAAGUUCAACGGACAAUAUCUAUGUCUUCAGAAAAUCAUUCAGAAGCCUUUUAUUCUGCUGAUGAGGAUACAAGUCAUGGAUUAAGCGGAAGUCGCACAUCAAGUUUACGCCAAUCUAUUAUCGGAUCUGGCUCAGUAUUAAAUCGCAAUGAUAGUAUGAAAAAAAAGUUUUCAUCAGACUUAUCUAUUGUAGAAAGUUCAACAAAUGUAAAUGUUUCCGUAUCGGAAAAAGCACAUACUUUGGAGAGAGCAAAACCACAGGCGAUAAGUACGAAACGGAGCCCUAGAGUAAAUCGAAAUACUAGUUUUCAAAACGAAACUGAGACAAAUGGUGGAAAUGGUGGACUACGUGAUUCAUCGGAUAGUCAUUCCGUUUCUUCUACCAGUUUCAUAUCCGCUGUAUCGUCGCAAGAAGAUGUUACGCUUGUUAAUUUACACAUGCAAGUAAAUAAGCCAAUUGUUGAUUCUCCACUACUUAUGUCGAGCUACGUUAGCCAUUUAACUCAGAUACGUUGUUCAAAUUGGAGCCAAUCGUCAAUACCAGCAGGAGGUGCUGCAUUUACUACACCACUUUUUCAACGUACUGAAGAUGGUAGAUUAGUUUAUGUUGGUGGCAGAUACAUACCGAAAUUUGAAACUGUUACGGAAGGAUUUACUUCGCUAAAAAUGAUUACAAGGUCCGAUGGUUCGCCUGUAGCUAACUCGUGUAAUAAAACUCCUACACAUCCAUAUCUUUGGGAUAGUACAACUAUUAAUCUCAUGGAAAAAGAAGAAGACCAUAAAACUCACAAUAAGGAAGAAUUAUUAACUGUACAGCACGAAAAUGGAUCACGAACAACGGUUAUCGUAAAAUUUAAGGGAGAUGUAGAUAUCAUGUUAAGCCCGAUGGUACUAGAAUCUCUACAACGUUUUAUCGAUGCUAUCAUACCAACAUUGGCUACUUUACAUCCACUAACAAUUCUCAAUCAUCUUCAUCAUGAAUGCAUUGGAAAAGUUGAAGAUGCUAAUAUUUUGAAACAAGACCAAAGUUUAUCCUAUUGGAGUCAAGUACAAACUAGUUCAAAACGAUCCACUGCUGAAAGAAAUAUUAAAAAUGGUCAAGGUGACGACAAACAUGAAUAUAACUUUAUUGCAAGCUUCUGUUGUUGAAGAAAUUAUAUCUUUUUCUGCUCUUGAAAAUAUUCGCGAUUUAACAUGUGUAUCACUAUUCGCCAUCUGUUUUGACGAUGUGACAGCAAGAUUUUAUAUUGGAAAGCAAGCCCGAGAAGUAGUUCAAACGUUUCAUAAACCAGCUGUAUUACCAAAUCAAAAAAAAGUUAAUAAAAUUAGCAAGGCAUUUUUACCUGGACACCAAACUGCUGCUGUAGUUGCAGAUAUUGGAAGUGGAGAAACAGUGUAUAUAGAAACUUCUGAGAAACAGCAAGAAGAAAUUUUAGUUACUUUAAAUAUAGGCAAAGCUCAUUCACAAUUACGUAGACUUAGAAACGAAUCAUCAAUAUUAAAAGAUGCUGUUAUAACAGCAAUUCCUGCUCAUUAUUCAAGAGUGUUAUUCACAUGUACUAGAAUAACUUCUCCACUAAAAUGUGUUGAUUAUUAUUUACCUCAAUUUACGGACGACAAAGAAAAAAGUAAACAAUCUGGAUCUCCACAAGCAACAGAGGAAUUUACUCUCGGUAGCGGAGAAGAUAGAUUAGGUUUUAUAAUGUUUGAAUGCGGUUUAGAGGGUAUCAAAUUGAAAGUGGCAAAAAAAUCUCAGUUUGAAAAAGGGGAAAAUGGAAACGAUAAUAAAAAGGUUGACACUGAAAUAUUUUAUACGGAUAGCGUAAAGAGCCAGGAAGAACUAGACAAUGCAGCUGCUUCUACUGCAGCUACAGCCGAACCAGAAACAGCUUCGACGAACUUGCAUAACGGAGCACAAAUAAAUACUAGUGCAACAUGUGCUAGUCUCGCGUCAAAAUCAGGAAAUGGAAAUACUGUUUCUUGUGUCAUAGAAUUAAAAACAGUAUGGUUUAAUUUUGCAGCACCACCUCGUACACCGAUAACAAGAAAAAUUGAUUAUACUCGAUUAGAUUGGAAUUUAUUAAGUACUGCAUCACCUGCAAUAAAUGCUUGGAUGAAUCCUAGCAAUAAGUUUGCAAUUCGAAUUGUACAUAUGUUUAGAACUAUGUAUCGAAGAUCAACUGCUAUAGUUGCUUGUCUCAUGGCAGAGGCAUUAGAUGUUCAAGCGACACACAUGCCCACUAAGAGUCGUUACGGAAGAUUAACUCCAUUGGCUAAAACAUUACAAGAAGAUCCAUCUUGUCAAUUAUGUACAAUUUUACAAAAUUAUGUUUUAUUAAAUGAAUUAAAAAGUAUUGAAGCUAACUUAAAAGAAUCAGAUUUACCUUUGUUAUCAACACUUCGACAAGGAGUUAUAGUAUUGAGCAGACAAUGGAAGAAUGUUCUCUAUACUCCACUAUUAUUGGAACAUAAUUAUAAAACCAAACAUGUUAAACCAUUGAAUGUCACAUUUGCAGUUUCAGACCCAGAUGAGGAAAAUUUGCUGACUGAUGGUGAGGGUAGCGCAGGAGAAGUUGAUGAUCAGGAAGUCACAGAUGAAUGUGCUAUGUUAAUUCACACAGACCACAUGCACAAGCAUACACAUGCCAAAACUGGACAAGAUAAAAGUACAGGUAUUUGUGGUGAUGGUUUGACGGUUCCUGUAAGUUCUCCUCGGGGAAAAGACACAACCCCUAUAGCAACACCGGUUCCAGGCCCGGAUUCAUUAACCUCUCCCUCUCCACCAGUAGUUCGUCUAAAGAAAGGAAAAUCAUUACAACCCACGCAAAUGCCUGCUAGCACAAGAGCAAGUAUUGUUUUUCCAUUGCUUGCAAGUGGUGGGUUAUUCAAUCAGACUCGGGAACCGAAUAAUAUAAGUUACGGUACAUUGCGAGAAGAGAAGACACCGCAAAUUCACAUUUCUCAUUCUCAUCAAUUGGGUUCUAAUCCAAGUAUCUAUUCUGGAGGUGGACAUGGUAGUCAACAUAGCACUGGAAGCUUAGAUCAAGUUACAUCUCCUACGAGUCAUCAUUCUAAUAAACCUCUAAAUACUGGUGAAGAUCUAUAUAGUUGGAUGGCUAAACAACAAGAAUUUAUAAAAGACAAUGAUAAAAGCAAUUUAAAAGGCAAUUGGGAUUCUAAGAUCAACACAAUGACAACAGAUGAUACAGAAGAUUCUGAUGUUCAUAGUGGUACACUUCUUUAUCCUAUGAAAGAUUCACUUAGACUUUUAGAUGCACAUUUAAUUUUUGAACCACUUCUAUCUUCCUUAUCUGUUAUGCCACAACAAAUGUUAUCUGCCAUUGGUUCAGGAAAUGUAAAUAAUGUAUCCUCUUUGGACUCAUUAGGAUCAAAUUUAUCUCUAGUAGGGAACAUGGAAACUAUGCGUAUUGAUAUAGUUGUCAGUGAAUUUGGAAAAGUAACAGAUAAAAGAAAAGGUAAUAAGUAUCAAGCAAAGAAAGGAAAUUCGAAAUUUCAUUUGGACAUACCACCGGAAACACCAGCAUUUUUAUGCGAGAAAAUCGGCAUUGAUAUUGAUGUUAAGAAAAUGGCUGAUAUGACAGUGGAUGAUAUGAUUCAAAAGCAAACUGUAUUAUACAUAUCUCGGGGCCAAUUAAAGAAACAUACAAGUACAGUUGUGAAUUUUAGUUUAAAUAUACGAUACAUUAGUCAACAAGUCAACAUGCCUCUUCUCAGAUUGUUGCAUCAAAUUAGUAAUAUGUAUCAAAACGUCAAAGAAACGCAAAUGGAACUAAAAGAACAACAACCAGAAAAUAAACGAAACAAUAACUUAAUUAUUAAUGAUACAGCAGUAAAAAAUGGGUCAUCUUCAACAUCUGAUUUACAAGAGCAACUUCUGUUAGAAGGCAAAAAGAUAGAUGUCCCAUUACUUCGUAACAGUUUCGAACCGAAUCUUUCGAGAGUUAUAUCACCUGGUGCGAGUAUUCGUUCUCGACCACAAAGUUUUGCUCAAAAAUUACGUAGUACAGGAAAGAGCGUGAAAGGAUAUAUUAAUUUGAGCGAAGGUGUAAUAACUCCCAAUUUUGGAGCAAGUCCAAGUGGAUCUGGUUUAGAUAAGUUUUGUGUACUACCCGAUAAAUGUAAAGAUACAACACAUUUAACGCCACGAUGCUGGAAAACGAUUUAUUACUUGUUGGAUUUGUACGCUACUCGGCCAGAGACUAAAACUAUUACACAUCGAUUUUCUAUACCAGCAGACGCUUCAGAACACUAUAAAAGUGGUCGAAAAUAUGAAUUGUUAAAUGAAACGAAAGAUGCAGAUAUUGAAAAAGGAUUGAAUGCUGAAAAUAGUUCAACGCCUGUACCACUUCCACGAGAAUUGAAUAUUGUUACGGGAGAACGAACGAGAUUAGUUAUUUUUGGUGUUGCUCGAAUACACAGGACCAGAUUAUUAGCUACACUCAGUGGAUUGAAACUUGAAGCAGAAAUAACGAGUCUUCAUGCAAGUUUCACUUGUCGUAAAAAAUCAAGGCCUGCCAGCUUAGAAUGUAGUUUAACUGGUCAAAUUGGCAGAACAAUGAUAGUUCUAUUGGAAGGUGUUGCGCCUAAUCAACAAACAGUUGUUAAAGUAACCGUGGGCAAGUCGCAAGCUUUAUAUUCGAGUAUAAGCAGGCGACAAAAGGAUAAGAACAGUGGAUUAUUAACUGUCGGUGCAGUCAAUAUAGAUAUUCCACAACAUCCGGUAGCUUUACAUGGUAUGAUGACCAGAGGUAGUAAACAAUUAUCAUCGACUUUACAAGAACUUAGGGUAACAAGAACUUCUUCAAGAAUGUCUAGAGGUCAACAACAGGAUGACGUGGAUACAGGAGUACCUGGUAGUCCACAUCAUUAUGCACCAGCACCAUCAGUUGAUUUAGAAAAACCACAAGUAGUAUCUAGCUUGUUAGAACCGAUUGUAAUGCAAUUUCAUAUAAUAUUUCAAAGUUUGAGUAUAACGGCAGCUCUGCUACCAUCUUUACAAGCACAAUACAAAAUGGAUCAAGUAACUAGUUCCGGCAUAACUGGUAGUAAAGCUAAAUUUACAAUAGACCUACCUCAUCAUACCCUGAGUUUCACGACAAAACUUCAAGUGACUGAAGCAAAUUUACCUUCUGAAGCUAGUAUUGAACUUCCCAAAGUACACGUAUCAGCGGAAUAUAUACAAGAUGGUAACAGUAACAUGAAUGAUAGUAAAUUAGCUGAUGGUGUUGUAUUAAGACAAGGCAAUUAUCUUAGUGCAACGGCAGAUAUUGGCGUUUUCGAACAUUCACUGACUACAGAUCUUCUUAAUCACCUAGUAUUCGUACAAAAAGUGUUUAUGAAAGAAGUAAACGAAGUUGUACAGAAAGUUUAUGGCGGAGAGAAGCCAGUUCCUUUGUGGUUAGAAGAUGAAGAGCCAAGCAGUGCAGCUGUAAAAAGAAUAUUGUUCACAUUAAUUAUUCGCAUUAAGAGAAUACAAUUGACUGCAACAACUCCAACGAAUUCGGCUGUUCGAUUGGAAACUGGAGCUGUUGAACUUCAGUUAUCUAACAGAGUACAAAAUGUUUCUGGUGCUACUCCAAAUCCAUACAUGAAGUUGUUUGGGAAAGCACAAGUUGACAUUAAUUUAAGUCUUGGUCAAUUGUUAAAGAAUGUUUUAUUUGAAGAAGCAGAACCAGAAUUUCAGCAGUUUGCUUUUUUUAAUACCAGAGUAGGUUUACGAAAUGCUUUUCAAGAAGAAAUGGUACAAGGUGAAGAUAAAGAAGUAGUAUUAAUUACACUAAAGCGUCCGUUAAUAUAUGUUCAACCAAUGGCUAUUGACAAAGCUAUACUUGUUUGGCUAAAUUAUAAAAACGCGUAUGAAUAUUGGAAUGAGAAAAGAGCUAAUUUAAAUAAAGAGGUUUUAACCGCUACUCAACAAGUAUUUGAAAAAGUUCCAUUUGGUCAAAUAACGAGUCAAUUAAGUGCUCCUCAUUUGGGGACACUGUUUUUACAAUUGACUGUAGAUGAUAUGGGUAUUUGUUUACCACUUAAUCCUUUACCACCUACCUGGAGUAUGAAUAGAGGAUUGUACGAUGGAGAAUCAAGAGGUGCUGUAGUAGUGACAUUAGAAAAUACAAGCAUAUCAGCAUGUAGCAGCGGUAGCUUAGUUAGUAAAGCAAGGUUUGUAGGUUUGUGCUUAAGAUUUGCUGAUGACUUUGAAACUUCUCUGGAUGAUUGGAAACCAGAUGUAUCUGAUAGUAGUAUAAUGAAUUUAUGUAUGGUAUCUGAAGGCACUUAUGAAGUAUGUAGUAGAACAAUUGCACAAAAACAAGACAAAUCUGAUAAUGCCAAGUGGAUUUUAAAUGUACAAUGGCAAAUGGAAGGUGUUGAUAUUCAUUUAGAUGUUAAUGUAGGACAACAACUGUCGGCACUUGGGCACACAUUAACAAUGUUGACUGGUUCUGAAGAAGAUGAUAUUCAUGUACCUGCAGAUUAUGAUAGCGAUGAUGCAGAUCAACCAGAUAAUAGUACUAGCCAGGAAAGUAUAUUAAUGAAGAAAUCCAAAAAUUGGACGGAUAGUCUACCGGCGUUUGUUUUUGAUCCUACGCUUGACGCAAAAAAGAGAUCGAAAUUAAUAGAAAAAGAGAUGAAUGAACAGGCAAAAAUUAUAAACGAUCUACGAUCGUUAGGUGCUUCUCAUGGAACAAUAGAACAGGAAAUGAAGCGUCUACAUGAGUUAGAAGCUAUGGUUUUCAAGGAUUUCAGGAGAGAUAUGAUUCAAAAGUUAAGAAGGCAGUCGGUUAAAGCUUCAGGAAUAAAAGGGAAAUUAGGAUUAGGAGGGAAACCAAAUACGUAUCGAUCGCGUUCGUUUAUCGUACCAUCGCCAACACUUGAAAAUCAGCUCGAGAGUCCUGAAGAUAUAAAUUUAGAGGUCAAUUCAGCAAAUUCUGCUAGUUACGAAAGUAGUCCUAGAAGUGGUCCAAGCCGACAAUCGUCACUUCCAAGUGCUGGUUCUGAAUUAAGUUUGCCAGAAGGAGAGUUAGAAUGGCCAGAAACUAUCGAAAUAGACGGAGAACGAGUUGAAUUGAGAAAGAAAAGCAGAGAUAUCAGUUACACUUCGAGUUAUGACAGUAUGGAAGGAAAUGCACCACUACUUGAUUCGUUUGGAAAAGAACAAUCUUCGUCAACUUCGUCACCAUACAUAACACCUCAAAAAGCUCAAGAACCUAACAUAGAUUUUGAACUUGAUGUAAAAGUUCUAAUUAAUAGUGGUAAAUGUGUACUCCACACGAAGGAUCCAGGAAAAGAAGAUGAAAUUAAAAUUAUGAGUAGGAUGAAAAAAGAGCGAUCGUGCUCGGGAGGUACAUUUGAAUUUCAACCAAGCAGCCCUAGUAGUAGCAGAAAACACUUAAGUAGUAAAGAAAAAUCAUCCACUACAAGUACUUCUCGAUUACGAUAUUUACAACACACAAAUGUACCCUUGGUAGAUUUAACAAUUUUUCAUAUUCCUGGCUUAGAUGUAAAGGUACAUUAUGAAUCUAGAACACUUCCAGAGGAAUCUGUAUCUCCUCGUGUAUCAUCAGACAAUAGCUUGCUUAAUCCUUCAUCAGUAUCCGCGUUUAAAAAGUCUAGUACUAAAAAGGCUAGUUUAUUUGCUUGGAUGACUCUUCAAAGUAUACCAGAAGAAACUAUAAUAAGUCCACAUAUCCUCGAAUUUUUGGAACAAACGUUAGAACCAAUACCAAGCAAAACUCAUUUUCAUAACAAUGCACAAACGAAUGCAGUAUUUCCAGUGGAAAAUGUGGAAAGUACAUCUUGGGCUGCUACAGCAGCAAGUAGCAAUUAUGUUUACGCGAGCUUUCCUGUUGAUGUGAUAGUAUAUUUUCAUAUGCAACCUUCUACUUUUAGAUUUUCUUGUUUACCGGUUUCUCGGGUUGAAUGUAUUUUGCAAUUGCCGUCCCUUGAUAUAGUGUUUUCGUCCAAGCGAGCAGAAGAAGAACUUAUAGAGUUUCGAGAGUACAAAUCUCCAGGUACACAGCCUACUGGAAAAGAAGCUGGAUCAGCGAUUGGUGGACUGUCAGUCACCGGAUGUCUUGCUGAUUUUUCUGUUUAUAUUUUUCAUCCGUAUGGUGGCGGAAAGAAAACUGGUUUGAAAGAAGCACAAUGGUCACCUUUAUCUGAUAGUGAAAGAAAAGAUUCUUUAAGUAUCAACGUUGCAUUUGUAAAAUUUCAUAUGUCGAGAAGUCGCAAGUUAAAUUUUCAAAGUGAGCAGUCAAAGAAGAUAUCAGAUACCAGCCGUGCAGUUAUUCGAUUUUCUACAAUUGUUGACAUCGGAUCCGCUUCGUUUAAGUAUGACAUGCGACGAUUAAGCGAAAUCUUGGCUUUUCCGAAAGCAUGGUAUAGACGUAGUAUAGUACGUCGAUUGUUUUUGGGAGACUUAAGUUCAGGCACCGCAUAUUCUGAAGGUGAUGGUAGUCCUUCUCUAAAUCAAGAAGAAGCAGUUAUGGGUAGCUCUCUAUUAAAACAUUACGAUCGGCACGGUGCUGAUGGAUUAUCGAAAAGUGCUCCAGAACGAAGUCCAACUUUGAAUAGGGACAAAUUAAGAUUGAGUUUAGAAAGUGAUAUACCGAAACAUGCACGAUUAAAAGGUAUUUUUAUACAUACGAAAUCUUUGACAAUGACUCAAUUAAUUUCUAUUACUGACAUACAUAUGUUGACACUAGAUAUUGGUAGAGGAUGGAGUUUCACUUCUGAUAAACAAACGUCAGAACUUAAAUUAAGAGAAUCUGCAUGGGAAACAUUAGUACUGUUUGCCAUAAAUUUUACACGUUUGAAUGUUCACAUGAACAUGGGUAAUGUCAUGGGCAAUGUUACAUGGAUGACAAAGGAUUUUAGAUCCGAUGGAAGAUUGUCUAUAGGUAGUACUGGACAUAAGAAUUUAUACAUAGGCAUUGGAUUAGGAGGUUCCAGUUUGGAUGCAAAGGGUGGUAUUGUUGGCGGUAUCAUUGAAUUGAGUGAAAUUGAUACAUAUAUACACAUUCGAGAAGAACCUGGUAUAGAACCUGAUCAUACUGUAGGCUUAAAACUGUUUGCAUUGGAAUUGCGGCUGGAUUAUAUGGGAACCAGCGUGUUGAUGUCCAGAGUGUCAUCAUUGGAUGUUACAUUAAGAGAUGAAUGGAAAAUUAAUCGUAAUAAUAGUGGGGAUGCCUUUAUGCCAACAAGAAGGCCUGCGGUAAUUUUUAUGCAUGGAGACUUGGGAUGGGAUCAAUUGCAAAUUAUGAUUAGUAAAUCGACAACAGCGGAUUUGUUAAAAAUGUACUAUAAGUUAGAUGAAUUUUUCAGUCAACAAUUUAAAAGUAGCAAACGAGUAUUCAGUUCCUUACAACCAAAGCAUCAAAGAAUAAAUAACACUAGCUUUAGAAAAAGAACACAGAAAAAGAAAACUAUUAACGAAGGUCCAUGGAACACAAAUCAAGCAGUUACAAUGUCAGAUGCUCGUCAUCACAGACAUUGGCAAGGUGUAUUAGCCCAAGUCGCUGGCCUCCAAUUAGGUAGUUUAAGCUUCUCUUUACCAUCAACAGGAACUGUACUUGGAGGAACAAUGGAACUUCACGGUUGCAACAUUAGUUUAGCGUGUUUCCAUGGAAUUAAUUUCAAAACCCCAAAUACGCGCGAUGUUCAUGUUGUGCAAACAUUAACCAUCAGUUUAGGCCAACAACAAGAACAACAUGCAAGACAUCACUCUAUGGCUACUGUUUGCAAAUUAAGUCGUAGCGUAUUGUUCCCACCACAAUUUAAAUCAUUACAAGAAUGGUUUCAUUAUGCAUUUGCUAGUAGUGAAAUUGACGCUGUAGAUCGGUUUCCAUGUGUUGAAAGAGAACGAACAGAUAGCACGUCUGAUAGUGGUAAUAUAACUCGUGGAAGAAGUACAGCAGCAUCCUCUGGGAAAUUACAAGAACAUUCUCACGGAAGAGAAGUCAUAUUUGCUCUACCAUCGUUGCAAUUACAUCUAAAAACUGAACAUCUUCAAACUGCAAAAACUCCAGUUGUUAUCGGUGAAAAACCACUAGUUGAAUGUAGUUUCAUUACCGAGUUCGAGGACCACAUUUUCGUUACGGUAGACGCAGAGGCCUUUUUCUUCCUUCAUGAUUUAAUUACUUCAUACGUUAAGGAAAAGGAGAAAGUGAACAUGGGUGCACGAGCGCAUAGUCCAGAUCCUCAAGAAAAGAAAGGCGGAACUACGAACACUGCCAGUACUUCCGCUACAACGACGAUCACUUCCGAAGACGAGAAGAAACGCAAACAGUUCGAUCCAGCGGAGAUGUUUAUUAAAGAUUGGCGAUCAUACAGGUGUAAAACAUGGCAUGUUGAACCGACCGUAAGAUUGCUUUCGUGGGCUGGCAAAAGCAUUGAGCCUUAUGGAAUAGAUUACAUCUUGCAAAAGUUAGGAUUCUCUCAUGCCCGUACAACGAUACCGAAAUGGAUUCAACGAGGUUUUAUGGAUCCACUAGACAAAUUAUUGGCCAUUCUGAUGUUAAGAAUGGUUUCAGCCGUUCGAGAAGAAUCGUCAGAAGAGAAGGAGCAUAAACGAGAGAAACAGUGAGUCGGGGUCAUGAAAGUAGAACGUUCAGAUCAAAGAAAAAGAGAAUGAAGGGACCGAAAGGUGGAACCGUACAAUAAUCGUCCAAGAUAAUAAUGUCCGCAAAUUUUUUGUGCAAACUGAUAAUACCGAUAAAAUCAUUGUUUCUUUACAUUAUAUAAGCUGAACGUUGAAUAAUAUGAAUUUACUAAAAAAAUAAUAUGAAUCUACUAAAAGUGAUUAGAGAUCAGAUCAGUUCAGUGUAGCAAUCGAAAAACUCUUACUCGCGAAAUUGAGACAUAUUUUGAGAGUGUAUGUUGAAAAGAACAUUUGUAAGAAGCGUGUUAAUAGGGUGCAAAUGUAAUCAAGCAAAUGUAUAUUAAUUAUGUUACAUUAGAUACAGGUUUAUCGUCAUCGAUGAUUUCGUUCGAAUGUGUUACAUGUUGCACAGAACGCCAAGGGCACAUCGAUGAGCGUUGGAAGACAUAUGUGUAUUUAACAAUGUGUUUUUAACGACGCUUCGUUAUAUUUUCAUAAAGUAAUACGAAAGAAUUUUUGUUCGAGAAAACAGAAAUUCGUCUCAAAAGCCGUUCACGACCGUA